GGAAGACUUGUCUUUGUGUGGUAAAGUAUGUGGAAGACGUACCUGUUUGGGCUUGCUGCUGUGGUGCUGGUGUGCGGGUGCGUGGGGACGUCUGCGCUGGAUGCGUCCGAGGUGACGGCCCUUGGCGCCAUGCAGGCGCAGUGGGGCAAGGCGCUCGGUUGGACGGGCUCGCCUGAGGAUGCGUGUGCCACAGAUGGGGCAUGGCGCGGCCUGCUGUGCUACUCGGGGCAUGUGGUCAACAUCUAUCUCGGCGGUUACUCGCUCUCGGGCUCGCUGCCGGCGGCCAUGGGCGGGCUCUCGCAUCUGGAGGGCCUCGGCAUGGCUUUCAACGCCCUCGAUGGGCCCAUUCCGGCCUCGUUUGCCAACCUGCUCAAGCUCAACGUCCUCGAGCUCUCGUCAAACGCGCUGACUGGGACCAUUCCGGCGAGUCUGCUCUCACUGCCGAGCCUCGAGCGGCUGGCGCUCGACACCAACUUUCUCUCCGGCUCCCUCCCUGCUCACAACAUCUCGACGAGCCUGAUCUCGCAGGGCACCUUUGAUGCCUACCGCAACGAGCUCGACGGCACCAUCCCGGAUUGGAUUUGCUCCAUGGGCUCGAACAAGUUCGACAUCUCGUCCAACUCGUGGUCCUGCCCGCAGCCGGCGUGCUGCCAAAACGGCUCAAACUCGCGAUGCGGUCCGUGCCUCUAGCUCACCUGCAGCCGACCGCGGCCAUGGACGGAAUGUACCCUCCCGCGAGUGUAUUUCCUGCAGUAAAGUGAAAGCAGAAC